UAGAAGCAUCUCAGGUUGAAGAGUUGGGUAAGUAUAUUAGAAUUCUGCUUACCAUUUUGCUUGCUUGAAAUUGAAAAUGUGUUACAUGUGAGUCAAUGGUAACAGAUACAACGUUUGCAGAUACAACUGGUGAGACUGAAGAACGAACCAUAAAUGAACCUGAACAGCCAGACCAAGCUGAACCAGAUGAACAGGAGGAGUUUAUUGACCCGAAAGACUUUGUAGAUUACGAAUACACACUAGUGGUAUACGACGACAACGAUGAUGACAAAAACAGGGACGAACCUGAGGAAAGUGGAGAUGGUCAACAUGAUGACGUUCAAUCACUUGGCAAGUUGUUUGUACUUCAUUGAUGUAUUAUACAUUAGUACAUAUGCUCUGUUUCAGAUUCUACUCUCAUGCAAUCCAAUCCAAAGAGACGACGAACAACACAAUCAUCACAACCAUCUGAUACAUCAACUGCACCAGCUCCUGAUUCACCGGCUUUAUCAUCAUCAUCGUCGACACUACCACCUUCUCCAUUACCAUCUGCUACUAUCAACCAACUAAACUUACCUAUAGCUUGUCAAUCUGCCUGCUCGCAUAUCUACUCUGCUCCCAGACCACGUGCUGGAAUAGCUUGUGUUGCUAUUAUCCAAUCUGCUGCUGCUUCUGUCCACCAACCAGCCGUUACUGCUGUCUACCAACCUGCUGUUUCUGUUGUACAAACUGUUCCUGCUGCUUUGGUUUUAACUGUUUCUGCUGUUGCUCAACCUGUUCCUGCACUUGUCGUUCCUGUCGUUCCUGCUCCAGUUGUUGUCCAACCUGCAGCAGCAGCAGCAGCACAAGCUACUGGUUUGAUAACUGACCCCGUAAAGUCAUAUCAACUGAACUGGUCUAAAGUUGACAACUACCAACAAAUCCGGCCAUACUUGGGACCAGCUGUCGGACCAACUUUUAACGAUCCUACAAGCACUCCACUGUCCAUCUUUCUCAAAAUAUUUGACAACGAAGUCUGGCAAUUAAUUGUAACCCACACGAACACGUAUGCCAACUGGAUCCGAGCAUGUGAGCCAGAAAAGCACAAGGGAUCGUGGAAAGAUGUGACAGUGGAGGAGCUUAUGAGAUACAUUGGUCUUGUCAUAGCAAUGGGAAUUCUCAAAUUUCCAAGGGUAGACUACUACUGGAAAAUGAAGUACACCACAAUUAUGACAACCGGGAUUUCUGAUGUAAUGCCGAGAAACAGGUUUAUGGCUAUCUCAAGGUACUUCCACGUUUGUGACAAGGCCAAUGAACCAGCACGGGAUUCCCUACACUAUGACAAACUAUAUAAGAUCCGAUCGUUCAGUGAUCUUCUGGCCCGGAAACAUCAACCAUUAUACAACAUUGGGCCAGAAGUCACCAUCGAUGAGGCAAUGGUACCGUUCAAGGGACGCAUCGGAUUUAAACAGUAUAUAAAAACAAACCAACAAAGUGGGGAUUCAAUGUCUGGACACUGAGCGAUGCAAAAACUGGAUACAUCUACCGGCAAAUAGUCUACACCGGUAAACGCAUCGACGGUGCUAUCGAGCAGGGUAACCUGGGCAAUAGAGUUGUCUGUGGCCUUCUUUGAGGAUUCGAGGGACGAGGUCACCAUCUUUACACGGACAACUUCUACACGAACCGCAAUCUGUGUCUUCACCUGAAUGACCAUGGGAUUUACGCAUGUGGAACUGUCAGGAAGAGCAGAAAGGGGUACCCACCAGAGCUGCAACUUACGCCAGCCCAGGAGAGACGCACAGAGACGGGCACAAUCGACUGGAGGAGAUCCGACGCCCUUCUCUGUGUGACUUGGAUGGACAAACGCCAAGUGAGUGUGAUGUCAACUAUCCACUCUCUCAAAGAACAGAAUCGAUGGUCGGAAGUGCGACGAUGGCAGGGCAGAGAACGAAUGAUUCUCGACUGUCCUAUUGUAAUCCGCGACUAUGACAUGUACAUGAGAGGUGUGGAUAGAGGAGACCAACUCAUAAAUCUCUAUAAUGCGGGCAGGCGGACCAAGAAGUGGUGGAAACCGCUCUUCUUUCAUGAACUUGAGUUGCAGCUCCUCAACUCCUAUGUUCUCUACAAGAGCAUGGUGAACAAUAAAGAGCCGUUACUCCGCUUCAAAUCAGAAUUAGUUGACAAGCUAAUUUCUGGUAGGACGUAUAGACAGCCAGUAGGACGUCCACUCCAAGUCCCACAAGACAGACGUCUCUCGAAAGCACACAGACAUCUCAUAAAAUAUUGAGACGACACAACAGAGCGCCAUGUAUGUAAAGUUUUUACACACACUCUACAGCACAACAACAUUCCAGCAGGGCAGGCACCUAGAGUAAACACUUAUUGUUGUGACUGUUUAGUUAGUUUAUGUCAUAUGCCCCAAAGGCAAUGUUUUUAUAAAUAUCACACUGUAGAAAAAUAUUGGUUGUAAACAAGUUUGUAUUGUAUUGCACAUUGAAGUUGUGCAACUCAAUGUUAUAGUACCUACACGUUUUGUUUGCUUUUUUUGGUGUUUUUGUUGUGUAGAAAAUCUUUGUUUAGAUUUAUUGGUUUUGAAAAUUAUAGAAAUUGGAUUUGCUUGUUAUAG